AUGGGUGCGACAGAGACAGCUAGCAAGGACCGCUCCUGCACCAAUAGGAUGGAGGCAUGCGUGGUUUUAGCACUCAUUGAGGCUUUUAAAAAGGGAGGCGUAAGUCCACAGGACAUAGGCGUAAUAGCGCCGUACCGCGACCAAGUAGCAUUACUGCGACGCGCUGUAGCUCGACUGAACUACACCGCCGCGCCAGAUGUCAGCACCGUCGACCAGUUCCAGGGCAAGGAUAAGUCGGUCAUACUGUACUCGUGCACAAGAAGUGAUGAGGGAGCGGAUGAGAAAGUUAAGGAGGGCGAAGUACUGAACGACCAGCGCCGCCUGGCAGUGAGCGUGACUCGAGCGAAGCACAAGUUACUCAUCAUAGGACACGCGCGGGCGCUGCGGAAGUAUACCCCGUUCCAGCGAGUCAUGGACCAUUGUGCCAGCUUGCCUAUGAACAUUGAGGCAAGGGACGAGGUUGCUAAGAAAUAUGAGGCCUUUUUGUUGUGA